UUUAGUGUUGUCAGAAAACAGGAACGCAUGUGGUCUGGCUUUUCUUAUAAAAUAUCAACGUGUCUAUUUUCUAAAGCUAUUUUAGCUCCUUUCAAGCUGCCCAAAAACAGUCUUUGUGUCGAAGAGGAACUAUUGACGUCGCUGUUUUCUCUCUUUCAAGCUGGCGAGUGAAUCUGAAGCUCACCGUUUACAAUGUCACAGGCCACGAAACGCAAACAUGUUGUAAAGGAGGUUCUUGGAGACUUCGUCACACCCACAGAAAACCAGCAGAUUGUGAAGGUUACUGGUAGCCGUGGUAACAACCUCCAUGAAACUGUCACAGCCCAGGGUGAGACUUUCCUGGUGAGCAUGCCCACCAAAUUCCGCAAGAACAUCUGGAUCAAGAGAGGUGACUAUGUGAUUGUGGAUCCCAUUGAGGAAGGAGAGAAGGUGAAGGCAGAGAUCAGCUUCAUUCUCUACAAAGAUCACAUUCAGUACCUGCAGAAACAGCAGCUCUGGCCAGAGGGGUUUACAGAGGAGCCGUCAGAGAAGGAAACGACAAACAAUCAGCAGAAAAAGGAAGAGGAAACAGAGAGCAAAGACGAGGAAUUCAGUGACUCUGAAGAUGAUGAGAGCGAUCUCUUUGUGAACACUAACCGCUGUAACUACCAGUACAGUGAGAGUGAGGAGGAGGACAGUGAGGAGGAAGAUGAUGAUGAUGAAGAGGAAAGGACAGAAAAUGGUUCAUAGUGGCAGCACCGAGGACACGGACAAGCUAAAGGAGGGAUGUGAAAAUGAUGACAGUGUGCUCGGCAGUGUGCUCGACAGCUGUGCUGCCGCUGUCACUGACCCUGGACGGCCUGUGGUAGACGUUAAAUGGCUGGGCUCAUUCAGUGGACCUGAAUUGAAUUAAACAAAAUAAGUCUUGUUUGUUAAAUUGCUAGACAGAAAAUGGUAAUGCCAAACUUAAACUAAAAUUGCAAGAAUUACAUGUUUAAAUCAGUUUUGACUGUACUCUCGCUGUCUCUCGCAUGUUUAUAUUCUGUUUUAUACAUUCAUCCUCCUUUACGGGACAAAAUAAAUCUAUUAGAAACCCA